UCACACUUUUUUCACAAUUCGCAAACACGCACACUCACUCACCAGAUUGAAGAUGAGAGGACCUAAGAACACCGCCACAGUCGCUCAGAAAACGCUAACCAAUCCUACUGCCACUACUCUGAUGACAAAGAAGACGAAGUCUGAUAAGACUACUGCAGCAAAGAAGACAAAGGCUGAUAAGAAUUCUGGUGCUCCGAAACGACCUCAGUCUGCCUUCUUCAUCUUCAUGCAGGAUUUCAGAAAGGAGUAUAUGGAGAAGCAUCCUGACAACAAAACUGUCUCUGUUGUUGCCAAGGAAGGUGGAGCUAAAUGGAAGUGUAUGUCUGAAUCUGAGAAAGCUCCUUAUGUUGCUAAGGCUACCACUAAGAAAGAAGAGUAUGGCAUUGCUGUGAAACAAUUUAAUUUUGAUCUGAAUGAAGCAGCAAAGGAGAAGUCUGCAUCAACAUCAAAAUCAUCAGUGGACACUAAUGAUGACGUGGGUCAGGAGGCUAGCUCUAUUUAGAUUGAUGAGGCUCUUGUGCUAACCUUAGGACAGAAAAAAAGUAAUAUAGCAGCAGAUAUUAUGGUAGAAAUAAAGCAGUUUGGCUAGUAUGAAUAGUGAAUAUCAAGUUUGUUUAUGAGGUCUUAGUAAUUAAUAUUCUAGCUUCUGUUAGUGGAUAUCAAGUUUGUUUAUGAGGUCUAAGUAAUUAGUAUUCUAGCUUCUGUUCUUAGCAUCCAUGGUUUAUGAAUAUUACUAUGUAAGUGAUUAGUAUCGUAGUUUUCGAUCGUGUCUUGUG